CAUAAAAUGAAGCGAUGCAUUUCGUCCUCAGUUGAGGAGAAGGGAUCGGAGUUUAUAUGACAUAUUUCACCGAAAUAAUUUGUUUUUCUUGCGACUUCAGCUUCCUCAUCAGCAGAGAUUAAUAAUAACAUCGUUAUCGCCAAGGCAAAGCGAUUUACACGCGAACUCGCAUGAGUCGGUUUUCAGUCUGACGCCUGGGAGCGCUGCCCUGGUGCUAGUCCGCUGCGUGGUCGGCACGUGCACGCCUGCGGUUCUCCUGCCCUCGCCCUGGGCGCUAUAGAGAAGAUGCGCAAUUACAUCACCGCAGCCGCAGAAGAGAACUGGAAAAGCUACUUCUUAAGCUAGGCGAGUAAGCACUUCUAAGCAAGGAUUUUUACAUUUAAUUUGGAGCAAUGCGAGAGGACACAGAAAGAGAAGGGGUAGUCCGAGCAGGAUAAGGCAUUUUUUUUUAUUUACCAUAAACCUGGUAAAAGUUUUUGGGGGCGUUUUGUUUUUCAUUGUAUCGUUUUUUCUCAUUUUUAGAAGAAAAGUUUCAUGUCUUAAGGCAUGCUAACUCCAGAUACAAACGGAUAAUUGGAUGUCGAAGUUGCUCAGAAAGGGGUAAGUUUUGACUAAUGAGUGCUUCAUAGAAUGUGGAACGAAUUAGCACUCAGCAUGGCUAGUAGUAGGUUUCCAUUGAGCAGAACUAUGAAAGCUCUGGCUAGUAUGAAGCCAAUAUCAACUGCCAUGUUGGUCAUUGUCUGUUUCCAGAGGAACUGACAAAUCCCUCUUCGGAUAACAUUCCAUACAUUCUGUGCAACACUGAGCGCUGUGGCACUGAGCGAACCGCGAGCUGGGGCUCAGCGCUGGGAACUCGAGCUGGAAAAAAGGGAUUAGGAGUGCAAGCUGCGUUUCAGCCAUGGCCCAAAGUAAAAAGGAGCUGGGAGUCGCCCCUCCUGAUGGAGGCUGGGGAUGGAUGAUUGUCGCCGGCUGCUUCCUUGUCACUGUUUGCACCCGCGCGGUCACCAGAUGUAUCUCCAUAUUUUUUGUGGAAUUUCAAUUGCACUUUGCACGGGAUUACUCAGGAACAGCGUGGAUCCACUCUUUAGUGGACUGUACCACAAUGCUGUGUGCACCUCUUGGCAGCUUAAUUGGGAAUCGCCUAUCCUGCCGCAUUGCUAUUAUUCUGGGAGGGUUUCUGGCUUCGACGGGCCUUGUCCUGAGCUCUUUCGCCACAAGUCUGGAAUACCUGUAUCUGACACUGGGAGUCCUCACAGGUAUCGGGUUUGCGCUCUGCUACACCCCAGCCAUUGCCAUGGUAGGCAAGUACUUCUGUGAAAGGAAGGCGCUGGCUUAUGGGAUUGCUAUGUCCGGCAGCGGGAUCGGCACUUUCGUUCUAGCGCCGGCGGUCCAGCUCCUGAUCGAGCAUUACUCCUGGCGUGGGGCGCUCCUCGUCCUGGGGGGGUUUGUGUCGAACCUGUGCGUCUGCGGAGCCCUGAUGAGGCCCAUCACUCUGAAGGAAGAGCAGCUGAGCAGCGCCUUGUCCGUCGACGCCGAGCAUUCUUACAAAACGAAGCAAAAGGACUUGAGCUCGACCCCGGCACAGUUCCUGAGCAAGGACCAUGGGCACAGGUGCUUCUGCUUCCAGUCAGUGCAGGAGUACCACUUCCUCCUGAUGCCUGACUUCAUGGUCCUGGCGGUGUCCUUCCUCUUCCUGGCAUAUGGCUGCAGUGUGCCCUUUGUUUAUCUCGUGCCUUAUGCUCUGAACGUGGGGGUGAGCCACCAGCAGGCGGCCUUCCUCAUGUCCAUCCUGGGGGUGAUUGAGAUUGUGGGGAACAUCACAUUCGGCUGGCUCACAGACAGAAGGUGUUUAAAAAAGUAUCGCAACAUUUGUUACCUGUUAGCAGUGGGUCUGGAGGGCCUGUGCUGUCUCUUCAUCCCUAUUCUGAAAAGCUUCCCACUGCUUGUUCCAUUUGCUGUGCUCUAUGGGUAUUUUGACGGCGCUUAUGUGGCCUUAAUACCUGUUGUAACAUCAGACGUCGUUGGAACAACAUACCUCUCUUCAGCUCUGGGAGUUGUGUAUUUUCUUCAUGCAAUUCCUUACCUUGUGAGCCCACCUAUUGCAGGCUGGCUGGUAGACAGAACUGGCACCUACACUGCAGCUUUCCUCCUCAGUGGGCUCUCCCUCAUCUCCAGUUCACUGUUGCUGAGUGCCGUAGCUGGGAUCAAGAGGUGCAGAAGAAGACAGUCAGGCACUUACACCACUUCCGCUGAGCCCAAACUGCAAGACUGGAAGAACAAGCAGACCAACUACUAUAGUGCUUCAGAUCAGGAACCAAAACUUCUGUGAAUGAGAGACAUUUGGCAGGCUACCUUGAUAGGAAUGAAGAAUUCUGAUUAUUUUUCACUCAGUAAAUAUUAUUAUUGCCUGUUUUUGCCAAACCAAAGUACAAUAUUGUUAAAGUAUAUGACAAAAAAACAAAAUUGUAUUACUUAUUAUGGAAUUUUACUUUUUGUAUACUUUAGUUUUGUGGGGGGUUUUGUGUUUGUAUAUGAAUAAUUUGUUACUUUCCCAAAACAUGUUUUUGUAAGUUAGUUAUUGAUUUUUGUGUGUGCAGAUUGUUAAUACCAAUAAAAAUGUUGGGUGUAGAUUCUUAAAAGCCCUCAUAGCAUGGCAGUAAAAUAAAUAAUUUCAUGCUGAAACUUUGCCUAGAAGGGACUGGUGUGGUAAGAUAGGAAUAUGAAUAUAAAUAUGAAGUGCAUGUGUGUGCAUAUAUUGUAUAUGUCUUUCUUCUUGUAGUAGAAAUGAAAAAGGGUGAUGACUACGAUGAUGAUUUAUAUAUAUGUAUUGCCAUCACCUCAAGCCCCUUUAUUCAGCUACCCUUGUACAAUUACCCCUGAUGAUUUUGUGGAUUGUAUUGUGCCAUCUUCGUCUCUGGCUCUCUGGAUCCACUUCAGUAUUUCCGUGGUCUGGCAGUCUCCAGACUGUUGCCAAGCCUGCUCGCUUUUGAUGCCACAAUGGUGCCACAUGGUUUUGUUUAGGCUUGAAUUUGCUUGUUUCUCUUGCCUUAUCCUGUCAUUAUUCUGGGCACACAUCAGGCUGUACUUACUUGAGAUGUUAAGCAGUCUUAGACCAUUGAUGCAUUCAGUGUCCUUGUGCAUCUGUGUGUUAGUACUGCCAACACAGGUGGGUCAAGCACAUUUCUUUUCAGGCACAGAGGCAGUUGCUCCUUCAGAAUGUGCCUGAUACCACAGACGCACUUCAGCCCAUUGACUCUUUACUUCAGACAUCUAAUUUCCAGCUGAUAGUAUUGUGUCAAAAACAGUAUAUGUAAUUGUUGGCUUCUUCUGUGAUCACACCAUGUAUUCCAUUUGUCUUGUGAGAAAAAUAUAUUCAGGUUUGCUUUAGUUUUCUGUAAAUUUAUUUCCAGACCAGCUGCAGUUCUCUUUUCUUGUCCAGUUUGAAUUUGCAGUUGUAUUUGUUUUUACACAAAUAUAAUGUCACCAGGUUCUGUAAUUGUAGUGCUUUGUUUUCUCAAUCCAGUAUCCGAACCAUGUCUUUCAGUAUGAUUAUAUAUCAUUUGGGUGUAUUUCCAUUUUAUAACACGUGCUUCCCUUUUUUGGCAUUUAUAAUGUUAUAAAAAUAAUA